CUGUGGUGUGCUGUCACCCACUGGCUGUCACUUCACUGGUGUCAUGUUUAUGUAGAGAAGAUUUUUUUGUGAUUUUGGGGGGUGUUUCGUCCUAAAAAAACUGUCGCUAGCUAAUCAGUAAAAUCAUCUACGUGCUUAAAUUCAGCAUUAAUGCUUAAUCGUUAUUUUCAAAAGUUUUAGCUAAUAAAUAAUUCCUUUAUCGCGAUAAUGAUGGCCGAAUCCGAUACAACUGCAGAAGCCAUAAAAAGGCUGAAUGUGAAGAAGCAAACAUUGGAUGAUGCUUAUGCAGCCCCGGCGAAUUUCUUGGAAAUAGACGUGGUUAAUCCUGUUACUACUAUUGGUGUUGGCAAAAAACGAUUCACGGAUUAUGAAGUGAAAAUGAGGACGAAUCUACCUGUGUUCAAAGUAAAAGAAUCUAGCGUCAGAAGACGAUACAGCGACUUUGAAUGGCUAAGAAAUGAACUAGAACGAGAUAGUAAAAUAGUUGUACCACCUCUACCAGGAAAAGCAUGGAAGAGGCAGCUACCUUUCAGAGGAGAUGAUGGUAUUUUCGAAGAAGGUUUCAUUGAAGACAGACGAAAAGGAUUAGAAGUAUUCAUCAAUAAGAUUGCUGGUCAUCCGCUUGCCCAAAACGAAAGAUGCUUACAUAUGUUCUUACAAGAUCCAACAAUCGAUAAAAACUACGUACCCGGUAAAAUUCGCAAUACAUAACCAGUGAAUCAGAUCGUUUUUAAAUUAAAACUAAAUGCCUGGUGCUAGGUUUUAGUAUAAAUCAAAUUUAAAGAAGAAAAGCGUUUAUGUGUUGUUUGAAGCUAAAACUGUGAAAGCCUAGUACUGGUGUGUUGGUUUGAAUAAUUUUAUGAAUAAGAAAAUAAUUAUCAUUUAAGAGAUAUUCCUAAAAAUUUUGUUAGUUAGGUAUGUAUAUCAAUUUAUUUUUAUCUAGCUUAUAUUAUUUUUCGUAGAAAAUUUUAUCCUUAUAAAUAUUAUAAAAGCGAUGGAUCUGUAUAUUAUUUAAAAAAAAAUGCAUCUUUUUUAAAGUUAAAAUAAAAUAUAAAGUACAUAUUAUUAUUAUUAGGUUUAUGCCGAUUUUCUAUGUAUAGUGUUAUUAUAAUUUUGUGUUAUUUACAAAGUAAAUC